AUGAUUCGAGGAGGUGGUGGAGUUCCAGUUAUUGUUGUGAAUCAGAAGAUUCAACGAGAACAAGGACACAAGGUUCAGCUUCAGAACAUUGCAACUGCCAAGGUAAACUAAAGUUUUUCAUCUGUUUUAGUUUUUAGGAUGAAUUAAACGACGUUUUUGUAAAAUUUAAAUUCUGGAGGCUAAAAGUUGACAAAAGUUACUUCUUAAUAUAAAAAAUUAAAAAAUUUCAAUGGUCAAAUGUUAUAACAAAAGUACUUUUUAAAUAAACUAUAUUAUUGUAGACAAUCGCCGAUGUGAUCCGCACAUCGUUGGGCCCUCGAGCCAUGUUGAAGAUGUUGAUGGACCCUAUGGGAGGUAUUGUUUUGACCAACGAUGGUAAUGCUAUUCUUCGUGAGAUUACGGUGAAGCAUCCAGCUGCCAAGUCUAUCAUUGAGAUCGCCAGGACUCAAGAUGAAGAAACUGGAGAUGGAACUACUUCAGUUAUUGUUCUGACUGGAGAAGUUAUGGCUCAAGCUGAGCAAUUUUUGGAACAAAAUAUGCACCCAACUUUGAUCAUUAGAGUAAGUUUAUGUUUGCGUUAUACAGUAGAACUCCUGCAUAACGAAUCGCUCGGGGACUUGAAAUUUGUUCGUUAUAAAGGAGUUUCGUUAUAAAAGAGUUUUAAAUGCACUAUGUAGUGGUAGACGGGGAUUCAAAAGUUGUUCGUUAUACGGGAUUUUUGUUAUAGAGGAGUUCGUUAUACAGGAGUUUUACUGUAUAUAUCUUAGACGUUUAUGCGAUGAUAGAUUAUAUUUAGUUGUUCAAUGGUUGUAAAAUAUUGUAUUUAUUUGGUUCUAGGCUUACCGUCAAGCUUUGGAAGACAUGAUCAAGUGGGCUGAGGAGAAGUUCAGGUAAUAAAACUUUUAUUUGCUUCAGGGUUACAGAUUCGGUAUUAAAAAUUGAUUUUUUUUGUAUUUUUGAAGUUUGUUUUUCGUUAUAAAAUUCAAGUUUUAAUAUUUUAGUAAACCAGUUGAUGUUAACGACGACAAACAACUCGAGCUUGUUGUCCGAUCAUGUUUGUCGACAAAAAUGAUGAGCCAAUACAUGGAUUUGGCCGUCAAGAUUGCUCUGAACGCUGUAAAGACCAUUUUGGUGGAAUCAAAUGGAGCCAAAGAAAUUGAUAUCAAGAGGUAUUGUCGUGUGGAGAAGAUCCCAGGAGGAGCCAUCGAAGACAGUCAGAUUUUGAAGGGGGUUGUGUUGAACAAGGAUAUUGUUCAUCCUAAAAUGAAGAGAAGAAUCGAAAAGCCGAGAGUGAUUCUGCUAGAUUGUUCUCUGGAAUACAAAAAGGGCGAGAGUCAGACGGCCAUGGAGUUGUCCAAGGACGCCGAUUUCAGCAAGGCUUUGGAACAGGUGAGGGUUACUUUUUCUUGUUUAAAUUUAUUUUUAGUUUUUGAUAAAGGUUUUAUAAACAUUCUUAUCUUGUACAAUCUUUUUCCUUGAACUUUUAAUUCACAUGUUUAUAUGUUGAUUGUAGGAAGAAGCUGCUAUUCGCAAGCAAUGUGACGAGAUUAUUGCUUUGAAACCCGAUAUUGUCUUCACCGAGAAGGGCAUCUCAGACAUGGCUCAACACUUCUUGGUUAAAGCUGGUGUAACCGCUUUGAGAAGGUUGAAGAAGACUGAUAACAACAGAUUGGCUAGGUAUGUUUUAUUUACUUUUGCUUUUAAUUUUAGAUUUAAAAGGAAGUUAAUUUUUACGUGUCAGUUGUAGACUUAUAUGCGGUUCCAGCUUUUGAUGUUUUUGACAUUUGCAAGUUUUUAAAAAUUUUUAAAUUAAGAGUGUUUUUACUAUUUAUUGUCAAUCCUUACAAUUUUCAAAUUAUAUUAUAGAGUGACUGGAGCCAGAAUCUUGAACGACACAACGGACUUGCGAGAAGAAGACGUUGGUACCUUGGCUGAUUUGUACGAAAUCAAAAAGAUUGGAGACGAAUACUUUACCUUUGUUACGUCAGAGAAGACCACUGCUGUUACAGUAUUACUACGAGGACCUUCUAAGGAUAUCAUCAACGAAGUCGACAGAAAUCUUCAAGAUGCCGUCGCUUGUGUCAGGAACAUCCUCUUGAACCCAAGAAUCGUGCCAGGAGCUGGAGCCUUGGAAAUGGCUUUGUCUCAUGCUCUAAACGAACAAUCAAAGUCGAUUGAAGGAGUUCAACAAUGGCCAUACAAGGCCAUCGCCAGGGCUUUGGAAGUCAUUCCAAGAACUUUGGUUCAAAACUGUGGCGGAUCCACGAUCAGAGAGUUGACCGCUUUAAGAGCCAAGCAUGCUCAGAGUCCAGACAAUUGGACUUACGGCAUUAAUGGAGAAACUGGAAACAUUGUAAGUCUUUAAAAUGAUGUUUUAGAAUUGAGAAUUAAACAAAUCAGCCUUUUCAAAAUGAAUACUAUAAGUUAAACAUCUUUAAUUUUGGCUACUUUUGCAGGUUGAUGUAAACGAACUCAAGAUCUGGGACUCGUUAACCGUCCGUCUCCAAGCCAUCAAAACUGCGAUCGAGACCGCUAUCAUGCUGCUCCGUAUCGACGACAUUAUCAGCGGAACCAAGAAACGUGAAGAAGCCAACUAA